GAGGGGGAAGGGUUAGGGGAGCGAGGGGAGAGGGAGGUGCAAAGUAUUUUUUCUGUCUGCGAGUUUGACAUCUGUUUGAAUUGUACGUCGUGAGGCAGUGCUCUCUUGCAACCUGCUUCAGUGAAUUAACAGCACGUUGCCUGAAAUCGCUCAUCAUGUCCAUAUCAACCGUGUUCGGGCUGCUGGUUUUAGGCGUGAUCGCCCCGUGUGUACUCUCAGCCGACUUGGUCCCUGUCCUUCUGUGGGAUUCUUUCAGAGAUGUGACGAGUAAACCCAACACCAUCCCAGUGCUGUCGAAGGUCAGCCAAGAGGAAUUCAGGGGUGUCCUCACCAAGAAACUGCAGAAUGACCCUGUCGUUAUUGUUUUUGCUGAAGAAAAUCUAAGCAUCGAAGACCUAAGCUGGCAAGAUGACACAGGACGAGGAGCUUUCCCAAAUUUGCACAACCUUUCACAAUCUGGAGAUGCCAGUCUAUUGUAUCUACCAUUUGUAGACUCCCCUCUAGCAGUUUUGGAACACAUGUUUCCACAGAAUCCUGGUUGGAAUGAAGCUAUUCUUGGCCCAGAGGGCAUCCCUAUCCUUAGUGAGGAUACCCCAUACUCGAAUUUCCUGAGGGUGAAUCUUGAAGACGCAAAAGUCAGUGAUGGCAGAUCGGAUUUGCUCAAGCGACAUGACUCUACUAUCUACAACAUUUAUCAAGGGCUUCGCCACAACCAUGACCAUGUAAUUGCAAUUUAUACAUCUCUUCACUCUUCAUGGCAUGUAGAGGAGGAAAUAAAAUCAAGAAAAAUUCGUGAAGCCCAAGAAAAUUCUGAAAAAACUGAGGCUGAAAAGGUAGAGCGUGAGAAUGAAGAAGUUGCUGAGGGGGAAGCUGCCGCAGAAAAGGCCACCACUGAAUCUACGCCAUCAUCAUCUACCCCUCGCUCUUCGGCUCUCCCCUCUCCAACGCCCACUUCCGGACCUCAGGCCGAAUGGCCACAGUUCAUGACCAUUCCAAUUCUGUCUGGAUUGAUGGUGACAUCUAUCCUUUUGGGUAUUCUUGGAUUUGCCAUCUCUGCUAUGAUGGAAAUUAAACCUAUGCUGCGGUUUGACGAUCCCAAAGGGAAAUCAUUGCAAUUUGCUGUUCAGGACUAGUGAUAAGGCGGUGUUUAUGUUGCAUUUGGAUUAUUGCUAUCUUGUCUAAACAUGUGUUGUUGUUAUCUGUUAAGUAGUUAUCUUCCAUUCCAUGAAGCAUAAUUUUAUGAUCUGUAACUCUGUGAAUAUCAAUGUAUGUUGUUUUGUAUUUCAAUUUUAUUGUUGCUUGUAUUGUCUUUUUUUUAUGUAACAUGGAAACUUAUACUCAAAUUGCGGGACUACUUAAACAGCAGUAUUAUCUUCAAAUAUGUAUAGCUUGUUCAUGAUAUAUAACACUUGGUGUGUUAAUGCAUGUAAGAAAAUGGCAUCUAGUCUUACGCAUGUAGUUGUACAAUAAAUAGUCUGUUUCAAUAGCAAAAAUUGCAAUUUUGUGAAAAAUGCUGUGUUGUAAAGGUAUGAAUUGCCCAAGACAAUAAUGUGCUAAUUGAGGCUUAGGAGUUUUAUGUUAACGCAAAUGCCAUGUAGUUAGUUAUUCACUGAUUAAAUAAAAUCUUGAGUACUUAUUUAGUCCCGUUAAAUAUAACUUGAAAGUGAACAAGGAAAAAUAGAAACAAAUGUAAAUACUCUAGGAAAAUAUUAUACUUGGUUGUUAAAUUGUAAAAAUAUUUGGCAUCCAUGUAUCACUUGCACAUUUUAAGUUCAUUCAAUAAAUGAAACCAUUUCUGUUGAAA